UCAGAAAGGGAGCAAUUGUUGGGCGUGGCGGGCUCACAAUUGGAGAAGCCCAAAUUUCAAUUUAUAGUUUGUACAAUCUCUGCAUUUCCAAAACUUCCCACUAAUCAUCACUUGUAAAAACCACUUGAAAAACCCGUGACAAUCAACAGCCUUGGUCGGAAAUGGGGAACCGAAGGUUCGCUCAGGUGUCCACUAGCGACGAGGACGAAGCCCCGUUACCCACUCGACGGUCUCGGUCCGAAGACAAGAGGCAAGAAAGGAAGAGGAAGAAAAUGAAGCUACAAGAGGAGGACGAUGAGGAGGAUGAGAAGAGGGAAUUAAAGAAGAAGAAGAGGAAGAAGAGGCGAGACGAGUAUGAAGAAGAAGAAGAAGAAGAGGAGGAGGAGGAGGAAGAGGGAGUACAGGAGGAUGCGAAGCCGAUAGGUGAAUCUGUUAGGGUUUCUGGAAAAGGGAGAGGAAGGAGGAGUCAUUAUGAAGCUUUUGAGUUUGAUGGCAAUCGAUAUGAUCUCGAGGAUCCUGUUCUUUUGGUUCCUGAAGAUAAGGAACAGAAGCCUUAUGUCGCAAUCAUUAAGGACAUUAGUCAGACUAAAGAUGGGAGCAUUAUGGUUACUGGGCAGUGGUUUUAUCGCCCUGAAGAGGCUGAGAGAAAAGGUGGGGGAAGCUGGCAAUCGCGUGAUACACGAGAGCUGUUCUAUAGCUUCCACCGGGAUGAGGUUCCAGCAGAAUCUGUGAUGCACAAGUGUGUGGUGCACUUUGUUCCCAUACACAAGCAACUUCCAAACCGUAAACAGCAUCCAGGUUUUAUUGUGCAGAAAGUUUAUGACACUGUGGAGCGAAAGCUUUGGAAACUAACUGAUAAAGAUUAUGAGGAUAAUAAACAGCAUGAGAUUGAUCUUCUUGUUCAGAAAACUUUAUCACGUUUGGGAGAUCUCCCUGACAUUGAGACAGACGAUACUGCUGCUGUUAUUGAUCAGGAAGAUCAGUUGAAGGCAAAAAGAACUCUUAGGAAAAAGAACAUGGCACCUCUUGAUGUUUCGAGGGAUGAUGAAGGAACUACCAGGUCUGAUCAACAUCUCAGAGCUGAAACUCCUGGAAGCUGUACAAGUAAUACCACUGAAUACUACACAAUUUUGUCAAAAUUUAAGGUCCUAACUGGAGAAACCCAUCGUGAUAAGUGGAUGGAGAGGCUUCUCCAAGGAGUUCAGUACAUGUGUAGUUCUCCUGAUAUCGAUGACAAAGGAAAAGGUGGUUCUGAUAGCGUGGAACGUGAAAAAGGCACUAAGAGUUCUGGAACUGCGAAUGGAUCUCUAGAAAAGACUUUAAAUGGUGGCAAGUCUUUUCUGUGGCCAGAUGCUGCUGUUCCUGCUGUAACUGCACUUGAGAAGGCCUCACAUGAUUCUCUUUCCUCUGAUUUCCAGAAAUAUAACCAGAAGUUACGCCAGCUUGUGUUCAAUCUGAAGAACAAUCCAUUGCUGGCGAGACGUCUAUUAAAUGGAGAACUGGAACCUUCAACAAUACUUAACAUGUCACCUAAUGAGUUAAAGGAGGGUUUAACCGCAGAAGAGACAGCGAAAAAAGAGCCAGAUGAAUCAGAGCGCAUGCAGAUGACUGAUGCUCGGUGCUCAAGAUGCAUGGAAUUUAAAGUCGGCCUAAGGGACAUUAUUCAAGCAGGACAUGGAGACCGCUAUCAGUUGGAAUGUAUUGCUUGUGGGAAUUCCUGGUAUGCUUCUAGAGAUGAGGCAUCAUCACUUACAAUAGAGCCAUCAAGUUCUGUCAGGGGAGCUCGCAUGGGAGCAUCAGCCAUGACAAAGCCCGAAAUUCUUGAGAAGAAGUUGGUUAGUCCUCGGGAGUCAUCAGUCAUGACUAAGCUUGAAAUUCCUGAGAAGAAGCUGGUUAAAAAUCACACACAUCUACAGCAUGGCCAGCAAGCAUAUGAUGACUUGAAGCAAGAUUGCUUUUUUACAAGACAUGAACAGAAACUGAGCAGCUCAUUUCUCCCUUAGAGCUCAUGUGAGAGAAAACAAAUACUAACACUUCACUCUCACUCUCACUCUCUUUCUAAACACAAUCUACGACACAGGACUGUAAAUGUAUCAAAGGGACUAGAGAUGGAUUCAGACUUAGACAAGAACUGCACAUUAGGUCUGAGUCCUAAUACUGUUCUUCCUACUCCUCGACAAUGUUCAAACAUUGAAAAGAGAUAUCCAAAAGGAAAACCUGGUCAUAAAGAUGAUUUAUUGAGGGCAAAGGAGGCGUUUACUGAAAUCAGCUUUCGUCGCUACUGCAGUGCUUCUUGUAAGAGCAUUCCGUCUAGACCUGUUGGGCCAGAAGGUAAUGCUGAGCUGAAGCGAGGUUCCAUAUACCAAAGCUCCAAAGAGGUAAGGAAAAUGAAAAAAACAGAUACUGUCGAGGGAAGGAGAAAUAUUGAAUUAUCGUGUAGUAGUGACAGCUCUUUUUCCUUCAGAAUUGUCGAUUCCCUUUGUAACUCAGAAGAGGAAAGCUCACAAGAAAGAAAUCCAGUGAUGUCCUGUGGCUCAAACUUGAAAUCAGCAUCUAUUACCAAACCAUGCUUAGAAACAUGCACAUCAGAUGGCUUCAUUGAAAUCUGUCUAAGUUCAAAUCAGAGAGGAAAACAGUCUGCGGAAACUGUAGGGACAGAUAGCAAGAGGGACAUUAGUUUUGGGUGUGAACCUGUUGUCAGUCCUUUAGAUGACGGUAAUGACCUUGUUGGAAAAGACAGUGUUAGCAAUCUGCAUAAGUCACACUCUGCUAAGGUCGAAGUGCCUUAUUCACCCUCUUCAUCAGAAAGUGAUUGGUUCUCCAAAGCCAGCUCAAGGGCCAGAUUUAGCCCUAUUAGAAAGAUGUUUGAUCCAUUCAUGAAAUCAAAGUCUCUGAGAAGUCCUUUGGGUUAUGUAGCAGAAGCUGAUAAUUUCAAAACUAUUGGGAUGGAAAACAUGAGAAGAAAUAGGACAUUUAGAAAAUCUUUGUUGCAUGACUUCUCACAUUCACCUCAGAAUUCAGAAUUGGAUUCCCAGUUUAUCAAGAAAGAUAGCGUUCAGUCACCAGUGGCAAUCUCACCAGUUCACCUACAUGGUUGUCUGAAGGUGGGAGUUAAACAUGGGGCACCAUUUUUUGAGUUCUCAAUGAAUCAACCAGAAGAUGUGUUUCUUGCUAAAACAUGGAAGGCAGAUAAUGCUUUCAAUUGGGUGUAUACCUUUCACUCUAUUGGCAAUAGAAAGAAGAGCAAUGCCAGCAUAUGGGGAUUGAUUGAUAGUAGCAAAGAUUCUUCAAUUGUUGCGCAGAUGCAAGUUUCCUGUUGUUUGUGCUCAGAAAUUAAAGAUGGUGGGGUUCUUGACAACUCCAUGGUUACGGAGUUUGUUUUGUUUGAUAUCGCACAUGCAAGACAACAUGUUUCAGUCCAAGGAUCCCCUGGGUUUGAUAAAACCUCUACUUGUUCUAGUCCAGGCUUGGCCAUGGGAUGUUAUGAAUCAGAUGAUGGCUCUAAUUUGGUGAAGCUUAGAGAUCACUUAAAUCUUGCUUCUGACCGUGAUGAAUUUGAAUCCCCAAGUAGAUCAACUCCACGGUUACUUGCCGAUUUGCAUCCGAACCUUGAAAUUGCAGCCAUAGUCAUUCAAGUACCAUUUAAGACGAGAGAGAGCUUAAAAUACAGAAGAGGGGAUAAAAUAGGUGAUGCAAGGCAUUUGAACAUGCUCAAUGUCUCUAUGGUUGAGGAAAGUAAAAGCAAGAUACAAGACAGCGGGAGUCAAGAAAAAGUGAAGGUGGUUAUUCCAACUGGAAACCAUGGCUUACCUAGUUCUGAGACCCAGGGUCCUUCAUCACUACUGGAUAGGUGGAGGAUGGGUGGAGGCUGUGAUUGUGGUGGCUGGGACAUGGCCUGUCCCCUUGUAGUUUUUGGCAAUCCCAGUAUAAAUUGUUCUGAAGAUCAACCACUGGUGGACAGUGAGCGGCCUUUUGAACUGUUUCUUCAGGGUGCCAAAGAGAAUACACCAGCAUUGACCAUGACAGCUAUUGAGGGAGGGUAUGCAGUUGAUUUCCAUGCAAAGUUAUCCACAUUACAAGCAUUUUCCAUUUGUGUUGCUAUAUUGCAUGGUACAGAAACCUCCGCCUGUGCUGGGGAGGCACAAAGCAAACAUUUGUCCCACUGCAAUUCACUAAAAGUGCUUAUUGAGGAGGAAGUGAAAUUCUUAAUAGAAUCGGUCACAGAGGAGGAGAAGAAGAAAGUCAGCAAGAAGGUGGAAGCAAUCCCACCAUCUUAUGUGAUUAACCCUCCGUUCUCUCCAAUUGCUCGCGUUUAGACUUGAAACAACUGGCUUGUUGAAUCUAAAAUGGCCUCCCCAUAAAACCUGUUGUGGCUUUUGGAGUGGCUGUUGCUGAAAGCAAGUGAAGGGGUGGAAAUGUUAGCACUAAAAAUGGAGAAGGGUGAAAUAUUCAGCCAUUUCAAUCGAGGGUUACUGUACAGGGAUGUCUAUAUUCAACGGCAUAGAUCGACAUCUUAGUCAGUAAAUCUGAAAUGCCUGUCUUGAAUACUGUCAAAUGGGUUAACAGAUUGGUUGAUGUGCAAGUUUCUGCCACAAACUCGCACAAGAAUUUCUUCACUGCACUAUUGAUUCAUUCUUCACUUCUAUAAGUAGAAUUAGAAUAGAAACACCAUACUGUCCAUAUUGUAACUUGAUAGCAGGGGGAAAGUAGUCAUGUAGCUAUUGAGACUUCUGGAGAUAGAAAUUUUCUCUCAUUGUACUUGUAUUAUAUUGAGGCUAUGGAGGCUUUGAGGGUAGUAGUAAAUCGUAGAACAUUUUGCCUGAAAGUCUUUCACUAUGUCUGGAGCCAAAGUAAUUUAAAAGUGAAAAACAUUGUUCA